AUUUUGGGCUAUAUAUUCGUGUUAAGUUGCCUCUUUAACGACCAAUGAAUUGAAGUCGGUGUCCAAAAUGAGUUUUCUGAGCUACGGCUAGGGUAGUGUCUGUGUGUCUCUUCAUAUGUUUUUUCCAAUGGGGUGGCAUAGCUCUAGAUAACAGAUUCGAUCGCGUGCGCUGCCACUUGCGCGUUUGGGCUACAUUCACUGUGUCAACCACGAGUCGCAUGUUUUAUACAUGACCUAACUCACUUCAGUUCAGAGCUUGGGAAUGAACUGAGAUGGCUGUUUCAUCAACAACUGUGAUGCAUCUGGUUGCAGUCUCCUUCCUCCUCACAAUUUGGCUCCACCCACUCAGUGUGAAUGCAUCUUGGGGUGACCAGCAUCAUGUCUUCCGGAAUUAUCGUCGUUACUGCCUAAAUAUCAAUUGCAGCACAGAUUCUAAACUGGACAGAUUCAAUUCGAGACAACCACUGUACCUGAGAUUGCUAGGCUGGGACUGUUGGUCUGAGUGUACGUACGAAAGUAUGUGGCAUCUUACACAAAAGACUCUGGAUGAGAUGGGAAAAGUACCACAGUUUUAUGGAAAGUGGCCAUUUAUACGUUUCAUGGGCAUGCAAGAACCUGCCUCUUCCAUCUUUUCCAUUCUAAAUGGACUUGUUGCAGUUUAUAUGCUGAUCCAAUUCAGGAAGCAAGUCCCAUCAACUGCUCCCAUGUAUGAAACCUGGCAUGGAUAUUUUGCUGUCCAGAUCAACACAUGGGUUUGGUCGACUGUUUUCCACUUCAGAGAUGUAACAUGGACCGAGAAAAUGGACUACAUAUCUGCCUUUUCACUCAUAGUUUCUGGAUUAGUGAUGUUCAUUUUAAGGGUCUUUUGUGUGAAAGGUAAUACACUCAACCUGAAAGUAGCCAUUCCUGCAGUAUCUGUGAUCGGCAUCUUCUUCUUGUCACAUGCAUUCUAUCUGGGCUUUACCAAGUUCAGUUAUGGCUAUAACCUUAAAGUCAAUUUAACAUUUGCUUUGAUCAGCUCAGUUGCUUGGAUUCUUUGGUCCAUUGUCGUUCGUUCAAGACAACGCUAUGUAUGGAAAGCAAUCCUUUCCAUUCUGUCAGGCAACUUGUUAACCCUUCUUGAAGUCUUUGACUUUCCUCCAAUUUGGUGGGUGUUUGAUGCUCAUUCUAUUUGGCAUGGAGGCACUGCACCCCUUGCUGUUGUUUUCUACAGUUUUGUGAUUGAUGACUGCCUGUAUUUGAAUGAGGAGUACAUGAAAACACCAGACUUUCGAAGAAAAGGAGUGUAAUUCUGGAGUAGAAGUAACUGUUUUAGAUAUUGCUGCUGCUUACUUUUCUAAAAAGUACUUAUAAAUAAGUUCAUACAGAAGUGCCGCAGUGUUCAGAAAUUUUUGAUUGAAAUUGUUUGCUUUUUGGAAAUCUUUAACACUCAGGCAAUUAAGAAUUUUGAGGAGUUUCUCAUCUGCAUUUAUGAAGUACAUUUUGUAUAUGGCGUGAACUCAGAAAUUAAGUAUGCAAUCCAAGCUUUGUGCAAUGUUUAAAAGUACAUGAAAUUGUUGUUGCACCGAAAGAUAUUGUGCAUGUAAUUGUAUGCAGAAUGUUGGUGUUUUCUAUUGUGUAACUGGUUCACUCUACAAAUUAGCAUCUCUAAUGAUCAAUUCACUGCAUAUGGGCUGUUGUAGGAAUUUCCAUCAAAAGUCAAUAUUUGGGCAGAAUAACAGAUUGUUAAUGAAACUCACCGGAUAUAAUUAAUGCACAAAUGUACAUGCAUCCUCAUUAAUAAGAGGUCCUUCGGACUUGGCAAAUUACCUUGUUAUAACAGGAACC